AUGGAUAGCGACGAAUUUGACGAUGACAUUGCAGAUGAAGACUUUUUGACAGCCCUCGAUCAGGUCUCUUCUUCCAUGAAUGGCCAAAGUACUGCAGCAUCUUUACAUACUGUGGUGGGUCAGCCCAGUAAUCAGAGAGCCUCUGCAACUGUGGCGGCCCUGGAAUUGGAAGAUCUCCCAUCAGAUGCAUUCUCAUCACCAGAACAAAACCAUUCGCGACCAAUAGCACCUGCAGCAAUACCAACAGGAGCUACUCCCAGGACAGGAUUGAACAAGAUAAGUUCUGGCAAUUGGCGUCAGACGACUCUUUUCGGCGGAUCUGUGGCAAACGACGCUCCCCGGCCACCACAGCCGGCCUCUGCAAGGGUGUUUCGUGCAGACCUCCCUCGGGAAGAGCCAACCCAUCAUGAAGUUGAUAAUGAAGCUAUGAAGACAUGGGUGUUUCCGACGAACCUGGGCAAGACCCGGGACUACCAGUUCAGCAUCGUCAAGAACAGCUUAUUCAACAAUACCUUGGUAGCAUUGCCAACUGGUCUUGGAAAAACAUUCAUUGCAGCAAGUGUCAUGCUCAACUUUUACCGAUGGACCAAAAAUGCCAAGAUUGUAUUUGUCGCUCCAACAAAGCCUCUUGUGGCACAGCAGGUUACUGCUUGCUACGGCAUCGCUGGUAUCCCUCGGUCGGAAACGACAUUAUUGACCGGUGAAAUUCCUCCGGUACUCCGUGUUGAUGAGUGGGCGUCUCGUCGAGUCUUCUUCAUGACCCCUCAGACUUUGCUAAACGAUAUUUCUCAUGGCUAUGCAGACCCCAAGUCUAUUGUGUUGCUAGUCAUCGAUGAGGCACAUCGCGCGACGGGAGAGUACGCAUAUGCCAAGGUCACAAAGCUCAUCCGACGAUUCUCCAAGAGUUUUCGAGUACUGGCACUGACUGCUACGCCCGGAUCCAAAGUUGAAACGGUGCAAGAAGUAAUCGACAAUCUGGGUAUCUCACAUUGUGAAAUUCGUACCGAAGACUCUAUAGACAUUCGUCAAUAUGUUCACUCAAGAAGUAUUGAACAGGUUGUUCUCGACCCAUCCGACGAAAUGGUACUGGUCGGUGAGCUUUUCACGAAAGCCCUGAAACCAAUGACCGAUAAGUUGAGUUCGCAAAACAUCUGGUUCGGACGAAGCCCUAUGGCUAUGACGACAUUUGGUUUAAUGCAAGCUCAGAAAGAAUGGUUUGCCUCUCGAGGUCGACACGUCAACCAAGGCGUCCAACAUAUGAUGCGAGCUGUUUUCACCGUUCUCACAAGCAUCGCACAUUCUAUAAAGUUGCUCAAUUUUCAUGGUAUAAAACCUUUCUAUGAUAACCUUGUCGACUUGCGUAGCGAGCAGGAAGGGAAAGGAGAGAAAGGAUCCAAAUAUAAGCGCCAGCUCGUCCAGGACUCCAACUUCCAAGAAAUGAUGGAUAAAAUUUCCAAAUGGCUUCGCACCGACGGUUUUGUAGGCCACCCUAAACUUGCAGCCCUGGCAGAUACUGUGUUAAAUCACUUCAUGGACAAUGCUGCAAAUCCUGCGACCCGGGUGAUUGUUUUCAGCGAAUACCGGGACUCUGCAGAGGACAUCGUACGCAUGCUCAACAAGCAUCGGCCUCUCAUCAAAGCCAGUGUCUUUGUUGGUCAAGCCGAUAGCAAGCGAGGAGAAGGCAUGAAACAAGCACAACAAAUCGAAGCCAUUGACAGGUUCAAAGAUGGCGAGUUCAAUGUUCUUGUCGCGACGUCCAUCGGUGAAGAAGGAUUGGAUAUUGGACAAGUGGACCUUAUCGUGUGCUACGACUCUUCAGCGUCACCAAUUCGAAUGCUUCAACGAAUGGGACGUACCGGCCGAAAACAAGAGGGAAAAAUUGUGCUACUCCUCAUGCGAGGCAAGGAGGAAGACCAGUUUGCCAGAUCUAAAGACAACUAUGAGAAGAUGCAGAGCUUGAUCUGUGAAGGAAGUCGGUUCAACUUCCGAUUCGAUUUGUCCACACGAAUCGUCCCUAGGGAAUUUCGACCGGAGGUGGACAUGCGACGUAUUGAAAUUCCUGUUGAAAACACACAAGACCCGUCGUUGCCAGAGCCAAAGAAGCGGCGAGCGCCAGCAGGGAAGAAGAAACCACCAAAGAAAUUCCAUAUGCCGGAUGGCGUGGAGACUGGUUUCCAAAGUGUGGCCAGUAUGCUGAAAGUCGGUGGCAAAACAAAGCCAACCAAGUCCAAGCGUAACCCGGAACUCGAUGACCUCUCCACAGUGCCUGAACUCACCAAGGUGCUGCUGAGUGACGAGGAGCUUAAGGAGCUCAACCGGGCGUAUCGUGACCUACCUUUCAAUCAUAGCGUAAUUGAGGAAACGGACAUGCCUGAUAUGACAGCGUAUCCAGAGCUACAAAGACAGCUGCGGCCGGUUGCAAAGCUUAAGCAUGGGACUCGCACCAAGCGCUUUGUCAAGAUGUGGAACAGGAUGGGGAACGAGAAAGAAAGCCUUGUCCUACCAUGUCGUGAUGAAGAUACAAGCAAUUACUUAGAUAUUCCUGUUCGUGCGUUUGCUGGAUCUGACCCAGAAACAGAUUCGGGAUCUGACGGCGAAGCAACAAUUUCGCGAAGAAAACCGGCAAAAGUAACAGCGGCUGCCAAAAAGAAGCAAACUCGAAAAGCGCCACCAAAAGCGCCACCCCGAGCAAAGAGAAGGAAGCUGUCGCCAGAUGCAGCGCCCCGGACGUUUGCUCUUGGUUCCAUGGUAGACGAAGGCUCGGACGAAGAUGAGGAGGAGGACGAGGAUGAAGAGGAGGAGGAAACUCUACCCAAGGCCCGUGGACGAUCAAAACAUGGCGCCAAAAGCAAAGGCAAAGGCAAGGCUAAACGGAAGACUGGUGGCUUCAAUAGCGACGAGGUUGGCGAUGACUGUGAUCGUGAUAGCGACCUGUUGGAAACGGAUGGCUCGGACGAUGGCAAAGAUCUUUUGGACUUUGUCGUUUCCGAUAAUCAUCCAGUGUCGAGCAUGAAGGACCCGAUGUCUCUAACAUGCACGUCUCCGUUUGCUUCAUCACCUACUGUGAAGGGUGCAGAUGACAACGCUGGAAGACCUUUCUUUGUGCCUACCAUGUUCUCAGCAACACAAGAGAGCGAGGAUUUGCCAGAUCUGGGCCGCAUGCUUGACAAACCAAGCCAGACAGCAGUCGAGCAGUCGGAUGACGACGAUGGGCGAGCAAAUCGAACAGCGCGUGGACGACGAAACGUGGUUGAUGACAGUGACAGCGAUUUGUAG